AUGGCUGACCUAUCUAAGCUUCAUCCAGCCACAACGGUCACCAACAUCAAAGCCUGCAUUCAUGUCGUAUUAGAUUACGAGGGCAGCCAAUUCAACAACUGGGCUACUUUAUUUAAACUCCAUUGUAGGGCAAACUUGGUUCUUGAACACAUUCUUCCUUCGACGGCGUCUGCUGAUGCUGAUGCUACUACCUUAUCUAACACGGACAAGACUGCUUCUAAGGCCUUAUGGGAGAGGCUCGAUGACAUAGUCCGACAGUGGAUUUACGACACCAACUCGAACGAUCUUCUCAACACCAUCAUCAACCAAGAUGACACGGCUGCCGACACUUGGAACCGGUUGGUUCAAUUAUUUCAAGCCAACAAAUCGGCUCAUGCCCUGGCCCUUGAUGUGAGAUUCACAUGUACUAAGUUGGUUGAUUUUCCUAAUGUCAAAGCUUAUUGCACUAGCAUCAAAAUUUUGGUCGACAGCUUGGCCAAUAUCGGCCACCCCGUGUCCGAUGAACUGAUGGUGCUCCGCACUCUCCGGGGUCUCACUGAGGAGUUCAAGACUUUCUGGACCACCGUACAUCAUUGCACUCCCCUGCCCACCUUCGAGAAGCUUCGCUCUAUGUUUGAUCUUGAGGAGGACAGUCAUGGCAAGGAGCUUGCGCCACAAACAGGUUCGGACACCGCCCUUCUUUCUCAUAUGAAUGUGUUUGACAAUUCCUCCUCUCAUGGGCAGCAUUAUGUGGCUGAAAAUUCCUCCAACAAUCGAGGAAAAUCUAACUCUCGGGGCAAACGCAACAACCACAAUCGCGACGGUGGUGGAAACCGCAACAAUCACGGUGGUCAUCAUGACAGCGGGAACCGCAAUUAG